UCCCUGCGGCUCCCGACCCUGCUCCCCCCGACGCCAGCUCCCUCCCUCCCAGCCCCACCGAACCCCUUCUCUCCCUCCUCCUGCAGGCCAUGGCUGCCAUACAAUUCUUCGCCAAGGUUGUGCGAACCAUCCUCUGGAAUGCUCAGAUGGUCGGUGAUGAGCUGGAUGAGGCCACACGUGAGCGCGUGCGGCAGCGUGAGGAGUAUCUUAGCUGGAAGAUGACUCGGCUGCUGCAGGAGCUGGAGCAGGGGACGCGGGAGCUGGAGCAGAGGACCCAGGAGCAGAGCGGCUUGGCCUGGGGAGCCCCGCUCUUCGCUGCCUUGCAGCAGUGGCAGUUCUGGGCUGUUGCUGGAGUCCUGCUCCUGCUCCUCCCGCUCUUUGGGCUCUGCUGGUGGCUCAGGAAAAGGAGCCGUCAGCCAGCCAGCAGCAGCAAGGAGGCCAGCUGCAGAAAGAAGGCGGAUGAGGUGGAGCAAAAAGCAAAAGACUAUCUUGCAGUGGAUAUUGGCACAAAAUGGGCCAAGCGCUUCAGGGAACUGGACGAAGUGUUCCGAACGGUGGAGGAGUUUAUCCGGAUCUCCCAAAAACAAGGAGGCAAGGGAAAUUAUCAUGCCAUGACUGAAGCCAGCCAUUGGAUGACGCUGUCUACUGCCUGCCUGCUCAUGCCCCCGAAGCCCCACCGUGGGCACACCUUCCACCUCGAGCUGGGCACUGCAGGGGAGAUGGCGGCGAGGAACUCCAGCUUCCACGUGGAGCUGGAGCGCACCUGCACGAGGGAGCGGCUGGUGGAGGACACGCUGUGCUGCAGAACUGAGCGCGCUGGACAUGGAAAACACGCUCCUCAAUUGGCUGUGGAAAUUGCUGCUGCAGCUUUCCUCCACAGCAAAAGCAUACGCUGCGGAGUGGGACCCGAUGCAGCUGAAGGGGCCAUUGCAAGGAGCCUUGCAACAGAGAAGCCUGCUACCAGGUGGACAGUGACCGCCCUCCCUCUUUGA